AUGAAUUUACCUCUUGUCAAUUACCUUCAAAAUCCUCUGUUUAAUCCACACAACUAUGGUAUAACUGAUAUAUCAUUUUCUUUUGUACUUGAUGACGAUGAUAAAACGUAUAGAUUUAAUAUUCCCGAAGGUUCCCAACAAUAUUUUAACUAUCUUUCCAAUAAUACUUCAACUGAUGUAAUAAUCGAAGCAGGAGAAGAACCUAAUUCUAAAAGGUUUAUGGCACAUAAGAAUAUUCUUCAAGAAGGAUCUUCAUUCUUUAAAUGUGUUUUAUCUUCAACUUGGGCCAAACAUGAAGAUGAUAAGAUUGUCUUAAAAAAGUCUAAUAUUGCACCAAGUGUAUUUCUUAUAAUUUUAGAUAAAAAUGUUGCUUGGGAUCAAUAUGAUUCAAAGGAUAUUUUGGAAUUUUUAGUUUCUGCUGAUGAAUUAUUAUUUAUUAAUGAAGUUGGCAACAAAGGUCAACAUUACCUUAUUAAAAAAAGAUAUAAAUGGAUAUUACAGAAUUUAGAUUUAGUAACAUUUAUUAGUUUUAAAUAUGAUGUACUUAAAAAACUUAAAGAACAUUGUAUAAAAAUAAUUCCAACAAAUUCAUCAUUAAUUUUUGGAUCGAAUUAUUUCUUUGAAUAUUUUAUUGAUUUUGAUGAAAAACUUUGGAUAAACAUUUUAUUACAAGAAUAUAUUCAAAUUGAAGAAUUUGAAAUUUGGAAUUAUUUAAUUAAAUGGGGAAUUGAACAAUCACCAAAAUUGAAUUUUAAUAUUUCUGAUUGGUCUAAAAAUGAUUUUAAAAUUCUUCAAAAUAGAUUAAGUCGUUUAAUAUUAUUUAUUAGAUUUACUGAAUUUACUAUUGAACAAUUUUUUUCUUUUGUUAUUCCUUUUAAAGAUAUUCUUAAUCCAAAUUUAAUUCAAGAUAUUUUAUAUUUUCAAAAUACAUGUAUUCUAAAUCCAUUACUUAUGAAUAUUUUAAAACCAAGAAAACCAAAAAUAACUAUGAUUAAUUCUAAUAUUAUUACAUUACAACAAGCAGCUCAAAUUAUUCAAAAAAUUCCAAUAACGAUAGAUCAAACUAAAACAAAUUCUAAUGAUGAUCUUAAUGUAAAUUCAGAUAGUUAUUGUAAUUCAGAUGAUAGUUUUAUAUUCUCUUUUGAUAAUGAAUAUCCUAUUAAUGCCGAGUUUAGUUCAGUUCAACUUAAACUAACAGCAAUCAGAGACAAUCCAGCGCUUGGACCUUGUUUUGGAAAGACAGAUAUAUUCAUGACUCAAGAUUUUAGAGUAUUUGGAAAUUGUACUUCAAAGCCUUGGAGUUAUAAAAAGAUUUUUAAUCUUCAUAAAGAACAAAAAAGCGAAUUAACCAAAAGAUUUUCGAUCGUUGAAUAUGAAGUUUUUCAAGUUAUAUUUAAAAGAGACAAUCAACAUAGGUGGAUUUCAUUUAUGCAUCCUAGAUAUUUUGUAGAUGACAAAUAUGUAGGACCUAAUUAUAACUAA